GCGGGGCGAGCGGGGGGCCGAGGCGGCGGCUCUCCCCGCCCCCCUCCGGGUCCCCAACCCCGGGACGCAGCCGAGCGCGGCGGGCAGCUUCAGCCCCAGCCGCGGCCGCCCCGGGGACGCAGACGCCGAGGUGCCUCCGGCCAGGGCAGGGACCCGGGCCGGCCUAGCCAGCUCUGAGAGCCCCAUGGCCCCAGCCGGCUGCUGAGCCCCACAAUGGGCAGCCUUUACUCGGACUACCUGAGCCCCACCAAGGUCCGGGAACACUACAAUUACACCAAGGAGACGCUGACCAUCGAGGAGACGCCCUCCCGCCAGGUGGCCUCGACCCUCAUCGUCCUCCUCUGCUGCACCGUCAUCGUGGAGAACCUGCUGGUGCUCGUUGCAGUCGUCCGCAACAGCAAGUUCCACUCGGCCAUGUACCUGUUCCUGGGCAACCUGGCCGCCUCGGACCUGCUGGCCGGCGUGGCCUUCAUCGCCAACACCUUGCUCUCGGGCCGCGUCACGCUGGGCUUGACCCCCUUGCAGUGGUUCGCCCGCGAGGGCUCCGCCUUCAUCACGCUGUCCGCCUCCGUCUUCAGCCUCCUGGCCAUCGCCAUCGAGCGGCGCGUGGCCAUCGCCAAGGUCAAGCCCUACGGCAGCGACAAGAGCUGCCGCAUGCUGCUGCUGAUCGCGGCCUCGUGGCUCAUCUCGCUGGCCCUCGGCGGCCUGCCCGUCCUCGGCUGGAACUGCCUGGGCCGCCUGCAUGCCUGCUCCACCGUCCUGCCGCUCUACGCCAAGGCCUACGUGCUCUGCGUGGUGACCGUCUUCUCCGGCAUCCUGCUGGCCAUCGUGGCCCUGUACGUCCGCAUCUACCGCGUAGUCCGCUUGAGCCACGCCGAUGUGGCCGGCCCGCAGACGCUGGCCCUGCUCAAGACGGUCACCAUCGUCCUGGGCGUCUUCAUCGUCUGCUGGCUCCCCGCUUUCUCCAUCCUGCUCCUGGAUUAUGCCUGUCCCGUCCGGGCCUGCCCGGUGCUCUACAAAGCCCACUACUUCUUUGCCUUCGCCACCCUCAACUCGCUGCUCAACCCCAUCAUCUACACGUGGCGCAGCCGGGACCUGCGGCGGGAGGUGCUGAGGCCGCUGCUGUUCUGGAGACGGGCGGCCGGGGUGCAGGGGAGACGGGGCGGGACCCCCGGCCACCACCUCCUGCCCCUCCGCAGCUCCAGCUCGCUGGAGAGGGCCACGCACAUGCCCACGUCACCCUCAUAUCUGGAGGGCAACACGGUGGUCUGAGUGGGGUGCACGGAAGGGGGCUGGCAAUCAGGCCCCGGUGGAGGGUAACCUCGCACAGAGACAAGGGGACACCCAGAGAGAUGCCCCCACCCUGCAAAUCGGGGUGAUAUUGGACCUGUUUCCCAUGUGGGAUGACUUUUGGCACCGACGUGUGUUGGCAGAGUGGCAACAGGGAGGACAAGGCAAUGCCUGACGUGACCCCUUGACGGCUAGAUCACGGGGAGGCUCAGAGUGGGGGGUGGGUGUCCCCGGGAGGGGCCCGGGUGAUGGCAGGUGGGAGCCCUGAGCAGAAGUUUGCUAAACGGUACAGAGUUUCAACAUUUUCACCGUCUGUCUGUCCCUCCACCCUGUGCCAGCCUCCCCUUCUCUGAUCUUACCCCCUCCUGCCACCCUCUCCGGGAAACCUCAGGCCACUUUCCUGGAAACAGUGUCCCCAGGGGCUGAGCCGCCUUCUCCUUCCUGACCCCCCACCCCCCCAGGACCCGCCCUGGCUUAUGGUUCCUGGGCUCAAAUCCACAGCUUCCCUAAAUGUCCCCAGCUGCCACUUUGGCUCCUUUCUUCCUUUUCCUCUCACCCCCUCCCUGAGAUGCCAGGAAACCACUGGGUGGGGGUGGAGGUGGGGCUGGGGGAGGCCGAGCCCCAUUCUCAGACCUCAUUGGCUAAUUGCACUAUUGGGGCGCACCGAGGAAUCACCUACGGGGGGAACUUGAGAAAGUCCUGGGGGAGAUGUUUGCACAGAACACCCACCCACCCCCCCCAAAAAAAACAACAAACAACGCACCCCCAAGUCACUCUUAUCUCUCCAGCCACAGCCAAAGUCUCCUGGGGCAGGGAGACUUUGAAUGGAGCAAAAGGUUGGGGGGUAGCCAAAGACAUUUCCUUGGGGUCUCUCUCCCCUAAACUGCCCCAGAAGGCUUUUGCUAAGUCCUGUGGAUGGAUGGAAGGGACGUUGCGGUACAAAUGUAUAUUUAUGUGUGUCUGUGUGUGUGUGUUUGAAAUGUCCACGACCCAUUUCCCCCCAACUUUUGCCCCAGGAUGGAUGUUUUUCUGUCUCCUUAUGUCUUUGUUGAAGCUGCCAAAGUGUGUGUGUGUGUGGGUUGGGGGUGGGGGGUGUCCUGCCCUGUGUGGACCUCUUAGAAAUCUCCCCAGAGGUGCAAAGGCUGGGAGGGGCUUUGAGGGAUAAGGAGCCAGCGGGGGGCUUGUCUCCCCUUAUACAGCACACCCCAGAUGCCCCCCCCCCCCCGCCUCCAUGCCUGAGACCCAGAUCUCUGGGCCAAUAAACGGUUCAAUUUCU